AAUGUCAAUUCUACCCAGAAAGAGCGUAACACAACACAACACAACACAGAUCAAUCCGAAAUGCCAAAACGCAACACAUCCAAUUCAGAAUCGGAGGGAACCUCAAGUUCAGGCUCAGACUCAGAGGAGGCAGAGACCGUGGGCAAUGGGAAGCCCCAACAGCCGAUCAUGUCGGAGUACGAGCAACAGAGACUGCACCGGAUUGCAGAGAACAGAGCGAGAUUGGAAGCUCUGGGGUUGCCUCAAAUGGCGUCGUCCUUGAAGGGCUUACCUCGUACUCGGAGUAAAACGAAAGGGAAAGAGAAGGUUGCAGAUGAUGAUAAAGAGUAUCAACCCGAAGACGAGGAAGAACCCGGUUCAAGUUCUUCAAGUGAAGAAGAUGGGCAUGACAAAGAUGAUGACUUUGCUCCUCAAAAUGCUUCUGGGUCACGGAAACGAAAGGUGAUGAACAAAAGUUUGAAGAUGAAAGGGAGUGUCUCUAGGAAGAAGCGUGGUGGUGGUUCAGAGUGUAUUGAUGAUGAUGAUGAUGAUGCUUUGAGGCAGGCAAUUGCGCUUUCCCUGCAAGACUCUGCAGAAGUUUCAUAUUGCUCUGACAAGAGUGUGGUGAGCGUCAGCAAGGCUGAGAAGAAGGAAAACCUUCACAUUCAAGAAGAUAAAGGGAAAAAGAAGAACAAAAAAUCGUUUACUAGUAGGCUGCAAAUGACUGAGGAUGAACUGAUUGUACACUUCUUCCAGCUUGAUGAAGCAGGAAAAGGAUGUUUAGGUAUAAGGGAUAUAGAAAGGGCAGCUACAGCUCAUGAUUUUAUGUGGUCAGACAAAGAGUUGGCUGAUAUGAUUCGUUGCUUUGAUAGUGAUGGAGACCGCAAGCUAAGUCUUGAUGAUUUCCGGAAGAUUGCUGUUCGUUGCAACAUGAUUAAAGGGCCUGAAAAUUCUUGAUAAAAUCAUGGUUAAGAGGAGAGAAGAUAGAGUACAAGUUUUUAGGUAUAUAUGUAUGGCAAGAUAUAACAUUAUGAUUCUUGGUGGUCUUUUUGGUAUCACUUUGUGGGGUUGAGGCCAUGACCACGACAAAGAAUUAUAGACAGGGAAAUGUAUGUUUGUAGUGGAACGAUAAAAAUUCUUGGUAUUACACCUUGUAUCAUAGUAAGCUUUGGUUUUAUAACAACCAUUUUGGAAUAGAGGGAGUAAAUUAUAACACUUGUGGCG